GGAUGUAAUCCUCUUGCUGAGACUGGUCGAAGCAAACUGCAAAAUCAAAGAGCUGUCCUGAACCAACAGAUCUUAAAGGCAGUAAGAAUGAGAGCUGGUGCUGAAAAUCUUUUAAGAGCAACCACCAACAACAAAGUACGAGAGCAGGUACUACUGGAACUGAGUUUCGUAAACUCAGACCUGCAGAUCUUAAAGGAGGAACUGGAAGGACUUAAUAUCUCAGUAGAAGUUUAUCAAAAUACAGAAGAGACUUUCAGCAUUCCCUUGGUACCUCUUGGCCUGAAGGAAACCAAAGAAGUAGACUUCACAGUCCCCCUCAAGGACUUUAUUCUGGAACAUUAUAGUGAAGACAGUUCUGAGUAUGAAGACGAAAUAGCAGAUCUCAUGGAUCUGAGACAAGCCUGCCGCACUCCUAGCCGAGAUGAAGCUGGCAUUGAGAUGUUGAUAAGCUAUUUCCUUCAACUUGGUUAUGUAGAAAACAGAUUUUUCCCACCCACCAGGCACAUGGGAGUUUUAUUUACAUGGUAUGAUUCCUUCACAGGUGUCCCAGUGUGUCAGCAAAAUCUGUUGCUUGAAAAAGCUAGUAUUUUAUUCAACAUUGGAGCCCUCUACACCCAGAUUGGAACAAGAUGCAAUCGUCAGACCCAGGCUGGACUUGAAAAUGCUGUUGAUGCUUUUCAGAGAGCUGCAGGAGUCCUAAGCUACUUAAAGGAGACCUUUACUCACACACCAAGUUAUGAUAUGAGCCCAGCUAUGCUGAAUGUACUAGUAAAAAUGAUGCUUGCGCAAGCUCAGGAGUGUGUUUUUGAGCAGAUUGGUCUUCCUGGAAUACGCAAUGAGUUUUUUACGCUAGUGAAAAUGACACAGGAAGUUGCCAAGGUGGGAGAGGUGUACAUGCUGGUUAACACUGCAAUGAAUCAGGAACCAGUGAAAGAGAAUAUCCCCUAUUCCUGGUCUAAACUGGCACAAAUAAAGUCAGACCAUUACAAAGCUCUGGCGCAUUACUUCAUUGCCACCAUUCUGUGUGACCAUGAAUUGCAGUCCAGUGAUGAUGAAGACCAGCAGGAGAAAGCCUUGUCCCAGUUGUAUGACUACAUGCCUGAAGGACUGAUGGUUCUCACCAUUUUAAAGGACAAAGUUCAGAGAAAACAAUUAGGGAAAGCACAUUUACGCAAAGCCAUUGUUUACCAUGAAGAAGCUCUAAGAGUCUGUGGUCUAUGCAAAAAGCUUCGAAACAUUGAUGUUCUUCAGGAGGUUCUAAUGGCUGCACAUAAGCGCUCACUUCUCAAAUAUGCUCAGCAAGAGACGGAAGAUGACUUUCUCAGUCUAAUCCAGGCUCCAGAUAUCCUUUCUAAAACGGAGUAUAAAAUAGAAACAAUUGCUCCUCAGUUUUCCAAGGUGAAAGUUAAAGACUUCUUUCACAGGCUGGGCCCACUGACAGUGUUCUCGGCCAAGCAGAGAUGGACGGCUCCACGUACCAUUCGCAUCCACCAUGAAGCAGGAGAGCUAGGAUUCAGUCUUAAAGGAGGUUCACCAGUACAGAUUUAUUGUCUUGAUCCAGUUUGUGCUGCAGCAUCGAUGGGCCUAAAAGAAGGUGACUACAUUGUUUCAGUUGGUGGCAUGGAUUGCAAGUGGCGUGGAGUGAAUGAGGUGCUGGAAAAAUUCAAAAGCGUGGGAGAGCAGCCCAUUGAGAUUGAGGUUAUCAGUUGCCAGGAUACAGCGGCAUCUAUGCAUAGUAAGAGUGCAACUUAUUCUGUGGGAAUGCAGAAGACAUACUCCUUAAUCUGUUUAGCCAUGGAGGAGGAGAAGAUUGAUCAGACCAAGAAAGCCCCACUGAAACUGCCUUUUCUAAGUUGGGGAACUAAAAAUAGACAGAAAGCUGCAAGCACCCUCUGCCUUCCUUCAGCUGUGGCUGGAAGUUCUCAGAUUAAGAAGAAGAUAUCUCCAUUCACACUUCUGAAUACAGAAAGUUCAUUGUACUGA